AUGCAGUUUGUAUCCUGGGCCACACUGCUAACGCUCCUGGUGCGGGACCUGGCCGAGAUGGCUAGCCCAGACGCCGCGGCGGCCGUGCGCAAGGACAGGCUACACCCGAGGCAAGUGAGAUUAUUAGAGACGCUGAGCGAAUACGAAAUCGCGUCUCCCAUCAGAGUGAACGCUUUCGGAGAACCCUUUCCCACGAACGUGCACUUCAAAAGAAGGCGACGGAGCAUUAACUCUGCCUCUGACCCCUGGCCUGCCUUCGCCUCCUCCUCUUCCUCCUCCUCUACCUCCUCCCAGGCGCAUUACCGCCUCUCUGCCUUCGGCCAGCAGUUUCUAUUUAAUCUCACCGCCCAUGCCGGAUUUAUCGCUCCAGUGUUCACUGUCACCCUCCUCGGGGCGCCCGAGGAAAACCAGACCAAGUUUUAUUCCGAAGAAGAAGCGGAACUCAAACACUGUUUCUACAAAGGCCAUGUCAAUACCAAGUCCGAACACACGGCGGUCAUCAGCCUCUGCUCAGGAAUGCUGGGCACAUUCCGGUCCCACGAUGGGGAUUAUUUUAUUGAACCACUACUGUCCACUGAUGAACAAGAAAAUGAAGAGGAACAACACAAACCCCACUUAAUCUAUAGGAGCAGCACCCCACACAGGGAGUCCUCGACAGGAGGGCAUGCAUGUGCCACCUCAGAACACAAAAGUAGUUACAGUGAAGACAAGAGGAUAAAGAGAACCAGGACAUGGGGAGGAAGAAGUAGCCUGGCUGAUGAUGUGGCAAUAUUCCAAAGCAGCUUAGCCACAAAGGUGCUUUCUGACCAAGAUAACAGGACAGACAGCACAAGAGAAAGAACGCACAGAAGAACAAAACGUUUUUUAUCCCAGCCACGGUUUGUAGAAGUGAUGGUGGUAGCAGACCGACAAAUGGUUUCAUACCAUGGAGCAAACCUUCAACAUUAUGUUUUAACUUUAAUGUCAAUUGUAGCCUCUAUCUAUAAAGACCCCAGUAUUGGAAAUUUAAUUAAUAUUGUUGUUGUGAACUUAGUUAUGAUUCAUAAUGAACAGGAAGGACCUUCCAUAUCUUUCAAUGCCCAGACAACAUUAAGAAAGUUUUGUGAGUGGCAGCAUUCAAAGAACAAUCUAGGUGGAAUCCACCAUGAUACUGCUGUUCUUAUAACAAGACAGGAUAUCUGCAGAGCUCAUGACAAAUGUGAUACCUUAGGCCUUGCUGAACUGGGAUCCCUUUGUGAUCCACCUAGAAGCUGUUCUAUUAACGAAGAUAAUGGAUUGAGCACGGCUUUUACAAUAGCCCAUGAACUGGGCCAUCUGUUUAAUAUGCCUCAUGAUGACAGCAAUAAGUGCAAAGAAGAAGGAGUAAAGAGUCCCCAGCAAGUCAUGGCUCCAACACUGAACUUCCACACCAAACCCUGGAUAUGGUCAAAGUGUAGUCGAAAAUAUGUCACUGAAUUUUUAGACAUUGGUUACGGCGAGUGUUUGCUUAACAAACCUGAAUCCAGAUACUACCAUUUGCCUUCCCAACUGCCAGGCCUCCUUUACAACGUGAAUAAACAAUGUGAAUUGAUUUUUGGACCGGGUUCUCAGGUGUGCCCAUUUAUGAUGCAGUGCCGACGACUCUGGUGCAAUAACGGGGACGGAGGGGAAGGAGCGAGCAAAGGCUGCCGGACACAGCACACACCCUGGGCGGAUGGGACCGAGUGUGAGUCUGGAAAGCACUGCAAGUUUGGAUUUUGUGUUCCCAAAGAAAUGGAGGGCCCUGUGACUGACGGCUCCUGGGGAAGCUGGACUCACUUUGGAACCUGCUCAAGAACAUGCGGAGGGGGCAUCAAAGUUGCUGUUCGGGAGUGCAACAGACCAGAGCCGAAAAACGGUGGAAAGUACUGUAUAGGGAAUAGAAUGAAAUUUAAGUCUUGCAACACAGAGCCAUGUCUCAAGCAGAUUCGAGACUUCCGAGAGGAACAGUGUUCUCAGUUUGAUGGGAAGCAUUUUAAUAUCAACGGUCUACCUCCAAAUGUGCGCUGGGUGCCUAAGUACAGUGGAAUUUUGUUGAAGGACCGAUGUAGGUUGUUCUGCAGGGUGGUAGGGAGCACAGUCUAUUAUCAGCUCCGAGACAAAGUGAUAGAUGGGACCCCAUGUGGUGAGAACACCAGUGAUAUCUGUGUCCAAGGCCUUUGCCGGCAAGCUGGAUGUGAUCAUGUUUUAAACUCAAAAGCCCGGAAAGAUAAAUGUGGGGUGUGUGGUGGCGAUAAUUCUUCAUGCAAAACAGUGGCAGGAACAUUUAAUACAGCAAAAUAUGGUUAUAAUACAGUGGUCCGGAUUCCAGCUGGUGCUACCAGUAUUGAUGUGCGGCAGCACAGCUUCUCAGGGAGACCAGAGGAUGAUAACUACUUAGCUUUAUCAAACAGCACAGGUGAAUUCUUGCUAAAUGGAGACUUUGUUGUCACAAUGGCCAAAAAGGAAAUCUAUGUUGGGAAUACUCUGCUAGAAUACAGUGGGUCUUACAAUGCAGUCGAGAGAAUUAACUGCACAGAUCGCAUUGAAGAAGACCUUUUGCUUCAGGUGUUGUCGGUGGGGAAGCUGCACAACCCCGAUGUGCGCUAUUCCUUCAACAUUCCAAUAGAAGAUGAGCCCCAGCACUUCUACUGGAACAUUCACGGGCCCUGGCAGGCCUGCAGCAAACCCUGCCAAGGGGAGCGGAAACGAAAACCUGUUUGUACCAGGGAAUCUGAUCAGCUUGCAGUUUCUGAUCAAAGGUGCUAUCGGCUGCCCCAGCCAGGACCCAUCACUGAACCCUGUGGCACAGACUGUGAUUUGAGGUGGCACGUUGCUAGCAGGAGUGAAUGUAGUGCCCAGUGUGGUUUAGGGUACCGCACAUUAGACAUCUCCUGUGCCAAAUAUAGCCGGCUAGAUGGGAAGAUCGAGAAGGUGGAUGACAGUUUUUGCAGCAGUCACCCCAAACCAAGCAACCAGGAAAAAUGCUCAGGAGAAUGUAACACAGGAGGCUGGCGCUAUUCUGCUUGGACUGAAUGUUCUGAAAGCUGUGGUGGUGGAAUCCAGAGGAGAAGGGCUAUUUGUGUCAACACACGAAAUGAUGUCCUGGAUGAUAGCAAAUGCAUACAUCAAGAUAAAGUCACCAUUCAGAGGUGCAAUGAGUUACCUUGUCCACAGUGGAAAUCAGGAGACUGGUCAGAGUGCCUGGUCACCUGUGGGAAAGGGCACAGACACCGUCAGGUCUGGUGUCAGUUCGGUGAAGAUCGAUUAAACGAUAGACUCUGUGACCCUGAGACCAAGCCAGCUUCCACGCAGACCUGUCAGCAGCCAGAAUGUGCGUCCUGGCAGGCAGGUCCCUGGGGACAGUGCAGUGUCACUUGUGGGCAGGGAUACCAGCUCAGAACCGUGAAAUGCAUUGUUAGGACUUACAUGUCAGAGGUGGAUGACGAUGUCUGCAAUGCAGCAACUAGGCCCACUGAGACCCAGGACUGUGAAUUACCAUCCUGUAACCCUCUCCCAGCUGUCCCAGAAGCAAGGAGAGACGUACACAGUGUGCCCAGAACCCAGUGGCGAUUUGGGUCUUGGACUCCAUGCUCAGCCACUUGUGGAAAAGGUACCCAGAUGAGAUAUGUCAGCUGCCGGGAUGAAGACGGCUCUGUGGCUGAUGAAAGAGCCUGUAUAAUGCUGCCUAAACCAGUGGCAGAGAAAGAAUGUUUUGUGACUCCCUGUGGCCAGUGGAAGGCUUUGGACUGGAGCACUUGUUCUGUGACAUGCGGGCAAGGUAGAACAACCAGGCAAGUGGUGUGUGUCAACUACAGUGACCACGUGGUUGAUCAAAGCAACUGUGACCCAGAGUAUAUCCCAGAAACCAACCAAGACUGUUUCAUGUCACCAUGCCCUCAACGAACCCCAGACAGUGUCCUGGCUCAAAACCCUUUCCAAAAUGUGGGUUAUCACCCCAGGAGCUUCAGCCCUAGCCAAACCCAUGUGCUUGGUGGAAACCAGUGGAGGACUGGACCCUGGGGAGCAUGUUCUAGCACCUGUGCUGGAGGGUGGCAGCGCCGUGUCGUUGUAUGUCAGGAUGAGAACGGAUACACCGCAAGUGACUGUGUGGAGAGAAUCAAACCCGAUGAGCAAAGAGCCUGCGAGUCUGGGCCAUGUCCUCAGUGGGCUUAUGGCAGCUGGGGAGAGUGUUCUAAGCCAUGCGGUGGAGGCUUGCGAACAAGACUGGUGGUGUGUCAGCGACCCAGCAGUGAACAGUUUCCAGAUCUGAGCUGUGAAAUUCUUGAUAAGCCUCCAGAUCGUGAGCUGUGUAACACACAUGCUUGUCCUCAAGAUGCUGCAUGGAGCACUGGCCCUUGGAGUUCGUGUUCUGUCUCUUGUGGUCGAGGGCAUAAACAACGAAAUGUUUACUGCAUGGCAAAAGAUGGAAGCCAUUUAGAAAGUGAUUACUGUAAACACCUUGCUAAGCCAAAUGGGCACAGAAAGUGCCGAGGAGGAAGAUGCCCCAAGUGGAAGGCUGGCGCCUGGAGUCAGUGCUCUGUGUCCUGUGGCCAAGGCGUGCAGCGGAGAAAUGUGGGCUGUCAGAUGGGAACACGCAAGGUAGGCAGCGAGACCGAGUGCAACCCCUACGUCAGACCCGAGUCGGAGCGCACCUGCCAAGCCCCGCUGUGUCCUCUCUAUGCUUGGAGGGCAGAGGAAUGGCAAGAAUGUACCAAGACUUGUGGCGAAGGCUCCAGGUACCGCAGGGUGAUGUGUGUGGAUGAAGAAAAAGGCAGCGAGGUUCAUGGCAUGCACUGCGACAGCAGCAAGCGACCUGCCGACCGGGAGAGCUGUAGUCUGCAACCCUGCGAAUAUGUCUGGAUCACAGGAGAAUGGUCGGAGUGCUCAGUGACCUGCGGAAAGGGCUACAAGCAAAGGCUCGUGUCCUGUAGUGAGAUUUACACCGGGAAGGAGAAUUAUGAGUAUGGCCACCAAACUGCCACCAACUGCCCGGGGACACAGCCCCCCAGUGUGCACCCCUGCUACCUGAAAGAGUGCCCCAUCUCGGCCACCUGGAGAGUGGGCAACUGGGGAAGCUGCUCGGUGUCCUGUGGCACUGGAGUGAGACACAGAUCUGUGCAAUGUUUAACCAAUGAGGACCAGCCCAGCCACUUAUGUCCCGAUGAUCUGAAGCCAGAGGAGAGAAAAACCUGCCAUAAUACCUAUAACUGCGAGUUACCCCAGAACUGCAAGGAGGUAAGAAGACUGAAUGGUGCCACCGAAGAUGGUGAAUAUUUUCUGACCAUCAAAGGAAAGCCCCUGAAGAUAUUCUGUGCGGGGAUGCAGUCUGACCACCCCAAGGAGUACCUGACCCUGGUCCGUGGUGACACUGAGAACUUCUCCGAGGUCUAUGGGUACAGGUUGCACAACCCCACCGAAUGCCCCUACAACGGGAGCCGCCGUGAUGACUGCCAGUGUCGGAAGGACUACACAGCAGCUGGGUUUUCUAGCUUCCAGAAAAUCAGAAUAGACCUGAUCACCAUGCAGAUAAUAACCACUGACUUACAGUUUGCAAGGACAAGCGAAGGGCAUCCUGUGCCUUUUGCCACGGCUGGAGACUGCUACAGCGCCAGCAAGUGCCCACAGGGUCGUUUUAGCAUCAACCUUUAUGGAACAGGCCUUUCUUUAACUGAAUCUGCCAGAUGGAUAUCACAAGGGAACUAUGCAGUCUCUGACAUUAAGAAGUCACUGGAUGGUACCCGAGUUGUAGGAACAUGUGGUGGUUACUGUGGAAAAUGUACUCCAUCCUCGGGUACUGGCCUGGAGGUUCGAGUUUUAUAGUUAAGGUGCUCUGACGAGGAAGCCAUGAUGGGAUGGAUGAAGGAUCAUAAUGCAAUACCUCCACCUUAAAUUCGGGCGUGUGUGUGCAUGUGUGUGUGGCCAUGUAUGCUUGUGUGUGUGUGUAUAUACAAAUGCAUAUAUACACAUAUGCACACACAUAUAUAUAUCUGUGUAUGUGUGUGUAUAUCUGUGGAGUAUUCUAAUGAUGUAAAGUUUAAUAUUUAUGUUUGAAUUAUUUAUUGUGAUGUAUGUAAUAUUUUUGUACGUAAAAUGAUUCUAUUAUGACUGCCUUUUGCAUUAUUUUGUUUCUUGCAGUCAGACCACUGCAUUUUACGUACUCUACAUUAUAUGUAGUAUUAUGACAAAAGUGAUCCUUCAUUAUCACGGUACACUAUUGUUUACCUUCUCUCUGUAAAUGUUUUAUUGUUAAUUUUUUAAAUUUUAAUUUGUUUUUUUUAAAACAAUCUAGUCAUCAUCAUGGUGCUACAGGGGUAUUUUUGACAUUUCUAUGGAAGCAUCAUUAGCCGAGAAAGAAUUUAAUGAUGUCACAGAUUAUACCAGCUAUUAAUUACACUAGGUAUCUUUUUACUUUCAUGUGAUCUCUGGGAACAAAAUUUCUGCCUUGGUGCUAAUAUUUAAGUGAUCAUCAGAUGCAGAAAUGUAAACACAUUUAAUAAAAGGGAGGAAUGAAGCGCAUUUCCAAUGGACAUAAUCAUUUGGAUAAAGUAAGACCAGCUGUUUACCCUUAUUUUGGGACAUGCCUUUUUGGGGAAAGUGUUAUACUCGAUUCUUUUUAUUGUUAUUGUUAUUAAUAUGCUUUGCUUCAGUUCAUGGUGCCUUAGUCCUCCUGUGGAUAAAUGGAGGGUUCCACCAGCAACCUCAUUACACAGUGACCUUGAGAAAGUGAGGUCCUCUCAACAUUUUGCCAAGAUAUUCUGAAGUGAUGUACAGGUUUACCAGUUCCAAGACAGAGGAUGCACAGGAUGGGGGCAGCCUUCAGCCAGCCCAGAAUACCCGGCGAAGUUCAGACCCAGGUUCUUAGUCGUUGCCUCUUGCGUGCCUCUGCCAGUGAUGUGACUUGUCUUCAGGCUGUGAGCCUAAGACCCUGCCAGUUUUCAUGGCUACUGCAGGAACUGUCAUUGGUGACAAGAAAUGAACUCUGGAGUACAAGAUACCUGAGUCUUUCUGAUCAUCCAUUACACCACUGUUACUUCUUUCCAAAAUGGAAGUGCCAAAGCCACGGUCUUUCUGCCCUUCCCAACCUGGUCGGAGGGAAGUCAUUGCCAAUGCCCCCUGGCAGACACUUGCUUGGAGGAAUCCUGCCCACUUCUAAACACCAAAGAGAUUAGAAAACACAGGCAGUGUUCUCCAACCCUCCACACUCCAGAGUGCUCCAGGAGAAGUUAUACUCAGCGUAUGAAUAUGUGCUAUUCUCCACUAUUAACACAUUGUGAAAAUAUGCUAUGAAUAAAUACC